AUGAGGAGCCUUUUGUUACAAGUAUGUUGAUACACUUAGAAUUUUCUGCAACUUCUCUUUUCUAUUUUUGGCUAAUUUACACCAUAAACAUUAUGGUUUUCGUAUACUUGAUUCGGUUACAGGCAUGGGGUAGACUAUGCAAAUGCUUGGGGACAGAUUUCCUUCCUUAUCUGAGUGUUGCCAUGCCCGUCGUACUAAAAUCUGCUCAGCUAAAGAAUUAUUUGAGUGUUUCCAACAAUUCAGACACAGAGGAUUCUGAUGAUGAAAGCAUGAUUAAAGUCACUUCUGGGAAUAAAAAGAUCGGGAUAAGAAGCGCACUUCUGGAAGAAAAAGCCUUGGCCUGUCAUAUACUAUGUUGCUUUGCAGCUGAGUUAAAGGAAGGGCUGCAUUUAUGGGUUAAUGAGGCUGUUAGUGGUUUAGUUCCAAAUCUUACCUUUAAAUUCAGCGAAGAAGUAAGAAUGGCCGCCAUUUCUGCAAUGCCAUUACUGUUGCAUUCAGCUGCUUUUGCUGUGAAGAAAGGGCUUCCUGUAACAGGUUGCGGCAAGCCCCCAGUUCAAAAGCUAUUUGACACCAUAAUCUCGGCUUUGCUUAAUGCAUUAGAGAAGGAGUCAAAGGUACAAAUUCAAGCAAGACUAUUGGAGGCAUUCAACGAAAGCAUUCAGAUUCUGGGUUCAAAUUUAAGUAAACACCAAGCUGCAAAAUUUGUUGAUUGCAUAUCAGAGGUUCUCUCAACUUGCUCAUACCGCAAAACAGAAAGAGAGAAAAGGGUAAGAGAGCGCAACGAUUCGAGGGAGCAGGAACUGCUUAAGGAGGAAACUGAGCAACACUUAACUAUAUGUAGAAAUAUCGGCAUUUGCCUGGGAACUAUGGUGAAAAACCUCAAGGCAUCAUUCUUGCCCCUUUUUGACAAGUUUUUGCCUCAUGUAACACUUAUGUGGAGUAAUGAUAGAACAGCAGAAGAAAGAAGAAUUUUAGUGCACCUUUUCCGUGAUGUUGCUGAGCAGUGCCGAGAAGAUGCAUUCAGGCAAGUCUUGUCUUUUGUGCUUUCAGUCUCUUGUUAGUCAAGGAAGCACAAUUUGCUUUAGCUGAACUUCAAUUUUGAUUAUUUAAAAGCAGGUACUAUGAGGAUUGGAUACAUCUCCUGCUUAGAGUUUACGAUCAUAACAAUCCAGAUGUUCAGCAGGUUUUAUCCCCUACUUUUACAGUUGUUUCCCUAGAAAAUCAGCCUUAUACAUUUCAAAUCUGACAUUCUAUAUUUUUUCAGUUAGUAGCAACUGCAGUUGGUAUUUGUGCUGAAUUCGGAGGUGAUAUCCUCAAGCCUCAUACUAUAGGUAAUUUGCGCAUUAUAACAUGCUUAAGAUAUUUAUUUUCUCCACUAGCAGGACUGACUUAGCUUUCUAAUGUUGUUUCAGUAAUAUUCAAUCAUUUAAAAUCUGUAAUGGAGCAUCCCGAUGCAAAACGCCCGGAUAACAUCAUGGCUUACGAGGCUGCCAUUUCUACCAGUGGGAAGUUAAGCCAGUUUGUCUGGGAAGGCAUUUACACCUAUAAGGUUUUCUCUCUUCCUACUCCUUCCCUAUAUCAUUCUUAUAAAUAACACUAGAACACAUAAACACUCAACACAAAUUUACGACUUCUCUUGAUAACUUUAUGGUUUAUUGGCUGACAUAUUAUAAACCUUCUUGACUUUCUUGAUUUACAAAACUAUUUUGCGUGGCAGUUUAUCUUGCUUUGGCUUAGCCACUUACCAAUAAGGUGUAAUCUGGAUGAGGCUAAAAUCAAUCACGAACUGCUUUGUUCGAUGAUGGAAACGUAAGUUUUUUCAGUUGAGCAAUAAGCAAUACAUGAUUAUAAACCUUCAACAUUUCUUAUGCAUCGUUGGCAUGGUGCCUUGUUCUUUCAGGUCGGAGAAGAAAAUUAUUGGCCCUCAAGGAUCUUAUAUACCGAAAAUAAUAGCAAUUUUUGCUGAGGUAGUAUUUCCUUUUCCUGUACCGUUUAUCCUAAAAUUUUGCCACAUUGUUAGUUAACUAUACCCGGUCAAUAUAGGCUUUAUGAAAGAAGGUGGUAACAGUUAACCUAUCACAAACAAUGUACAGUUCCAUAUACCUAAUAAGGUAUCCACCAUUUCAUAUAUUAUCUUUAUUCUUUCUCUUUUUUAGGUUUUAUGGGCAGGGAACAAUUUAGCAACAGAAGAAACUAUCAGGCGAAUGAUCAAUCUAUUGAAGAAGUUCCAAAGGGAACAUCAGCCUUCUGUCCUGUCCAACAUAUAUGCAACAUUACCUUUACCACAUCAAAGCAUGUUGCGCACUGUCUUGUCCGCCAUAUAAAUUGUUUGUGCAUUCUUUGAGUAGAUACAUGUAUAGAACAUAGAAGGUAGCUAACAGGAAAAGUAGCAGACUCAAAACUUGUAUAGACAGAGGAAGGUUCCUCCACCCACAAAUCUUCCUCCUAUUACUGUAAAGAGCGCGAUUGUAUACAGCGGAUGAAGUAGGAGAUUUUUGUGUUUCAACGGAAUUUACCAGAUUUUAUGAAAAUGAGAUCUAAACAUAGAUGAAUGUUGGUACAAAUCUUUUUGCUCUAUCUUGUGAUAUAUUUGAGGUGAUUUUCUGUCAUGUAUUAACUUCGAAUUCCAAUUUAGAUUGACCUCCUUCAUUUAAUCAUUCAUGGUAAGAAGUCAAGUUGACCCUAUAAGUCCUUUGUUUUUAGUUUCCAUUCUUAGUUAAACUAUCCAUUUUGGCAAAAGCUAGAAAAUUCUGAAGUGAAAAAGAACAAAAGAUGUGAUCUGUGAAGUGCAUAAGAGGCGGAUUUCUGUGGAUUUGGGGACUUUAGACAUUGCUAUGUAUUAUCAUGUCAAAUAUGAAACACACACACACACACACACACACACUAGGUUUUCUUCUCUAUGAGACAAAGAAACAGAGAAAAAUUGUCCCAUCAGAGACGUUCGAUAAAAUUGGAACGAAAGAAAAAGCAAAAGUUAGGAAAAGAAAUGUGAAAUUGCAAAAAUCUAACUUCAAUAAGCUUAUUGUUCUUCAAAUUACCUGUUGCAGUCCCCCCUUAAAGAUCAUGUGGCACUGAGGUCGCGUCCACCGUUGUAGCUUGUGUACUUCUUUGGAAAGAGAGCAUCUCUUGUUUCAGAAGAACAAUGUACUUCCAGUUUCUGCUUCAGUUCGUUUCGUUCCAGCAUAAGGCAUUCAUCUCCCAAUUCUCAAUUUAUUGUGAAGUACAUAGAAAAAUGAUUCUCGUAUGACAUAUCGACCAUCUAAAGAAUGGAAAUUCAGUUGCUGAACUGCAUCAAAUACGGCUGAAACCGUAGUAGAAAUAUACGAUAUCAAAUCAUCUCAAGUAUUUUUUGGGUCUUUAUUCCUCAACUUUGUUGGCACUUAUGGAGUAUUAACUGUCAUAC